AUGGUUAAAUGGGAUGUUGUGCGUGAAGACCAGCAACAUGGUGACAUCAUUAACUAUACUGUCAGGUACAAAAAAUUACCGAAUGGUAAUUACAAGGAGACAAAAGUUACGUCAAGAUCUGUUGAAUUGAAGGAACUUGAUAAGUUCACAGUCUACAAAAUUGAGGUCCUAGCUACCACCAGAGUUGGAGAUGGGCCACCAAGUGAACCCAUCGAAGAAAGAACAGACGAAGACAAACCUGAGGGACCUCCUCAAUCAGUCACCGUAACGACUGUAGACAGCAGUAGUAUCAAAGUGACAUGGAAGCCGGUUCUUCAGAAAUUCCGCCAUGGUGUUAUUACGCAGUACAUCAUACUUUACAGUUAUUCCAGUGAAGGAAAACCAUUAGAACACAACGUAUCAGGAAAAGUUGAGGAAGCAGUUGUUGGAGGACUCAAGCAAUCUACUAAAUACACAAUCCGUGUUUUGGCUGCAACCGUGAAGGGAAGGGGUCCACCGAGUAGUCCUAAAUCUGCUACAACCGAAGAAAUUCUGCAAGGUUUUACGUCCAAUGCUGCAGAAAUUCUGCAUGGUAUGGUGUCUAAUGCUGCAGAAAUUUUGCAAGGUUUGAUGGCCCAAGUGUGCAAAAUUCUGCACGCCUUGACGUCCAGUACCGCAGAAAUUCUGCAUGGUAUGGCGUCCACUGAUGCAGAAAUUCUGCAAGGUAAGCCCGACGUCAAAGACCUUCCUGAAAGAACCAUUUUUCAAGUUGGCGAUGUGGUAGUAUUGACUUGUGAGGCUACUGGAGAUCCUAAGCCUUCUGUUACAUGGAGUAAAGAUGGAAAUACCAGUAUACCACGGGCUCAAUUCAGAAACGAUGACCACAUUCUUGUCAUUCAAGAGGUCGCACGUAGUGACGGGGGCAUUUAUGAAUGCACAGCGUCAAACAUUUUUGGGCAACGCCGAACAGCUACAGUAGUGAUUAUCGCUGUGCCGCCCAGCAUCAUUAAAGACAUUUCCCCUCGAUCAGUUCUAUGUGCAAAGGAAACUCCAUGUUCUUUGCUAUGCCACGCGACUGGUGACAUUCCAUUUAACUACUCUUGGACAAGGAAUAGCCAGGCUCUAAAUGGUCAUAAAAUAAAGGUCAUGAACAACAUUGUUAUCAUCACUCCUCUUGAUGAUCAAGAUUAUGGAGAUUAUGUGUGUCACGCCACAAACUCAUUUGGAUCAACAAGUUACAAAAUAAGUUUGUCAGAAAGCAGAGAGGAAGUAAACAGUAAGUGGUGUCAGUAUGAACAGAGCAUCUUUCGGGCUAGUGACAUUGCAUGGUCAUGCAUCGUUUUCGUGCUGCUUGUUUUGAUUGGUGUAUUGAUAUGGAGGCUUAGAAGAGCUCAGGCGAGCAACAGACCAGCUACUGCUAAGAAAGCCACUGUUACAGAUACUGUUCAGUCUGUUUUUCCACUUGGGCAGCAUGUGUCAGAACCAGCUUCAUAUAUGGAACUACGACCCAGGCCUUCGGAUGGACAAACACGAGUACCUCCUGAAUCCCAGUCCUUACAAGGGAGCCACGUGAACGCUGGGUAUUACAACGUGGUUCCCGAAGAAGGGAACAAGAGGGGAUCAAAUGAAGAAAUAUAUGAGGAGAUAGAGCUUUCUGAUUGUUAAUUUCUAGGUUUUUAAGUGAGUUCAUCGUUACACAGUCGCAUAUAGGUAUACAUGAUAACAACAAUGCUGUAGCUUACUCGCCAACCACACGUCAGAUAGGAAGGUGUUGUUAUAAAAUAUAAAUGUGCUUUGCCUCUACAGUGGAUGAUUGCACAAUAUACUAAAUCCGUUUGAAAAUUGACUGUAUGUUCUGUCCGUACAAUACAUUCCGAACCGUCGUUUUUCCAAUAAUGGAUAGGGGAUAAAACUCGGAUCGCAAUUUACAACUUUGAACACGAACUCGGUUAGGGAAGGGUCAUUAUUUAUCUAUUGUAAAAACUUGUUUUAAUUUACUAGGCGUUUCUUCUAACAAUAGCAGACCUCGUCAGGGAGUUUUCACAAGUAGGAAAAAUAA